UCCUAUCAAAAGGACAGCGUGCCAUCACUCACCUCACCUCCCAUCUCGGCCCCAGCGAUGCGUCUCUCCCAUUCGUCCUAGCUCCUCCCAUUUCUGGACAGAGAAUCGCCGCCGCCAUCUCCAUUGGUGCUUUCUGGAACAGUUAGCACGGCAGCUCUGCAGUGCCAUGGAGCAGCAGGAGCGCCUACACCUAUCCCUGACCCUGGCGCCGGCGGCCGGACGCCGUGAGGAGGCGGACGAAGUGGCGGCGCCGACGGCGUACGUCGGCGGGAAGCAGGUGCGUCUGUUCGCUUGCCUCUUCUGCGACAAGAAGUUCCUCAAGUCGCAGGCGCUCGGGGGCCACCAGAACGCGCACAAGAAGGACCGCGCCGCCGCCUGCUGGAACCCCCACGUCUACGGCCACGACGCCGCCGCUUUGACACCGGAUUCGGUUGGCUUGUUGUCUAUCCCGAUCGCCCUGCAUGGUGUCACAGACGUGAAGGUCGAGGUGCCGGACGGCAGCACGCGGCUCUUCGCCGACCACGUGCUGCUCCCGGUGGGGGCGGGGGCAGCCAACCCCUCCGCCGGCGCCGCCGGCCGCGGUGGCACCGUGGAAAUUCUCAACUGGAAGAGGCCGACCUCCCGCAUCUCUGCCCCACCGGAGAUUGCCAACGCCGGCACCGCGCCCUCCAGCUCCGGCGAGGAGCUUGACCUCGAGCUGCGACUCUAGAUCAUCCAAGCACGACUGCUUCCUCGGGGUCGGGGAGCUAGAGAGAUCUUUUGACACGCACGCAUCUUGCCGGUUGUUGUAAUGUUCAUGUGAUCGAAUGAAUGGAAAUUUGUUCCAAA